AUGGCUACUUCCAGUGAGAAUACUGUUAUCAAUCAGAUAGAGAAAAUUAACAAAAGCAACAAUUACCAUUGUUGUGUUCCAAAGUGUAGUUCAAAUGGCAGAUAUGAUUUCAAUCUAAGCUUUCAUAAAUUUCCAAAAGAUGAAGGAAUUAAAAAGAAUUGGGUGGUUAAAAUCAGACGAGAUGUGGGUCCUAAUUUCCAGAUCUCAAAGUCAACAGUUGUUUGUUCAAAACACUUUAAAAAGGAGGACUAUACAGGCUGGACACCCCUUAAAAAGAGGCUUAAGAAGGAUGCAGUACCUAGCAUUUUCGAAUGGACAGAUGACACAGAACCAAGAAGAAUUUUAAAAAGAACACUAGUAACACCUCCAGGACCUAAAUCUAAAAGGUACCUAUAA